UACAAUCAGGUCUGUUGAACUUACACCGGCAUGGAACAAUUUGGCGAUAUUCAAAAUCAUGUUUUCUCGACCCCUUGAUCACUAGUAUUUAUAUUUUGAUAAAGCCAUUCUUAAGGUAGUAGUAGUUGUAAUCUUCGAAAUCACUAAUUACAAUUACGAGUUUGAAUCACUGAUCUGCUGUUGUUCCAGAUACAAUACUGUAUUUGUUUUAUUGGGCAUGAGAACAAUAAAACAAUGGAGACCAAUUCCAAGAGUUCAUUCCGCGAUGUUCGCAUUCCGCAUGCGCAGUAUUGUGGGGAAUUUCCACUGAGUGACACAUGAGUAUGGAUUAAACACCGGUACUUUUGUAGAUCACACACACAUAUGGUUGUCUGUAUAGAUGGCAGAACGUGUAAUACACAACUACAUAGCCGGGGCUUUGGGAGGCACCAUCGGACUCUUUGCUGGCUACCCUCUUGAUACAACCAAGGUGCAGUUGCAGACAUGUUCCAAACUGAGUAAUAGUCAGAUCGGAGGCCUUAUCGAAGCCGCUCGUAAAAUACAUAAUCAUGGAGGAUGGGUACGAGGGUUUUAUCGUGGUCUGUCAUGGCCCAUGUUCUCUUACGGCAUCACGUACAGCGUCUUCUUUGGUGUCCAAGGUAACGUCCUGAAGAGGCUGGAGACAAACAAGGACAGGCGAUCAGAUUGCUAUUUUAAGAUAUUCCUGUCAGGAUGUGCUGGUGGUGCUGCACAACUUAUUCCGGUCAUUCCGACAGAUUACAUCAAGGUCGUUCUUCAGUCUCAGAUUCCAAAUGCAACGGCAGAGCUAGGAACAGCUACAGCGGGUGGCGCUGUGAUUGCUGCGAAAAGAACGUGUUUCAAUGGCCCACUUGACUGCGCAUGGCACGUGUACAAGAAGGAAGGUUUGCUGGGAUUCUACAAAGGUUCCCAUGUAGUUAUGUGUCGGGAUAUUCCCUCGUAUGGCAUGUACAGUCUAACCUACCAAUACCUCAGUAACAAACUCAAGGAGAAGGGCUGGACAGACUCGCGCGGAAUAAUGGCCGACAUGAUCGGGGGUGGCUGUGCUGGAAGUUUUACCUGGUUCCUCAUCAUGCCAUUUGACGUCGUAAAGAGUCGAUACCAAGCCGACCUGAAGGGCGAGUUCAGGAGCCCUCUGGACUGCGCAAUAAAGAGUUACCAAAGAGAAGGCUACAGGGUGUUUUAUAGGGGAGUGCUAGUGACGUGUUUACGUAGUUUACCGGUGGAUGCUACCGCGUUCAUGAUAUACGCACAGACUAUGAGAUACCUUGAAGGUGUUCGUGACUGAUACAUAUAUUAUAGACGAUGACCAACAUUCAGUCCCAGUCCCUCCAUAGAGGAACACACAGCUUAUUUCCAGCAGCAUUAAUACGUGGUUAGCGUUACAUGUUUGGCAAUGCCUCAUCUCGAUGUACAUAUAUACAAACAAGUGGAUUAUGACGACAAAGCGUCAGCUGUGUUCAGUAAUGCUUUUUAUCAUACUGUGAAUUUCCAAAAUCUAACUAUGCACAAGCGUUUGUUUCUGGUAAGUAUUUAUAGAAAAAAUUGUAGCCCCUACUAUAUCAACAAGGUGUAACACUUGAAAAUUGGGAAGUGGGGGUGAGCAAUCCGACAAAGAUAUCAAAUGCGCACAAACUUCAGUAACGUACCUUGGUGUAGAAUCUUUAAAUAUCAAUGCAUGUUAUUAUUUCUUAUUUUCUUGUGACAAUGAGAAAACUGACCAAAAGCGUUCGUGAUAGCCGACGAUGCAUCGAUUGUGGAACGGAAGUAGGCUAUAUAAUUUAGAGUGGUUUUGCAAGGGGCAAUAUGAUUGGUCGACAGCUCUGUAAACAAUGCUAACUAUAAUUGUCGAUCAAUAGACUGUCCGUUGUAAAACAGCUCUAAGAUAAGUAGUCUACUUCCGUUCCAGAGCCGAUGUAUCGCCCAAUCUUCAAGUGUUACACACUAUUGAUACAGUAGGAGUAUGGGGCUAAAAAUGGUAUCAAUACUUCUAGUUACCAGAAGCAGUCGCCUGUGGUCUAUGCACUGGCGCACGAUUGAUGAAAUCACAGAAAAAAGGCAGACAUGCGACAUUGCGCAAGGAAGUGUCCCGGAACUGGCAAAAGUUAGUAACACCGACACGGUGUACAUUUAUUUGGUAUUUUAACAUCAGUUGCGCAAUUAAGAAAGUUGUAAGUGGACACGUGAAGUCAUAACGGGACAGAGGAUUUAAUAGGAUCAUAAUUACAAGGAGACUCCGUCGGAGCAGGGAGAGGAAUGAAUCAUUAUUUAACACUGCCAACACCUGCAUUUCAUUGGUAAUUUAACCACUGGUGUCAAUUUAUACAAUCCUGUGGAUUGGAUUUUUGUCCCUUUUCCAACGUUAAAUGCUAAUAUGUCACGCUGUCACGAUAACUAUUGUAUUUUGCCUAUUGUUCUACUACCCAAUAACGUGGAUCUUGUCACCUAUUGCUGUCGACGUUCGACCGACGUCUUGGGUAAAUAAUCAUGUACGACUUCUCCUCAUGAACCAUCUGUCGGAUUUUGAUCAGUCGAUUGUGUGUUGAGAACCAGGAUCUAUCAUUAAUUACUAGUAUACCUCCAAGGAUGUGAAUGCCGGGGGUAUACAAGUCACUUAGUGCAAAACAUGAGGAUAGAAAAUUUAAUCAAGAAAGAAUUAUACCGAGAAAUCAGCGAUUCAUCACCAUAGCUUAAUUAUUUUCAAAGCACUAAUAUACAUUCCAAUUGUAUGUUGUGUUUUAAGAUAUAGAUUUUUGUUUGUUUCUUUAAUGUUUUUACAUAUCGUACAGACGAUCUGGAUAGUUCCAUUACUGUCUGGCUUCAUAGUGACAAUAUAACUGUUUCUCACUACCUCACUGAACACCUUGGAGGGGGAAUUAAUUAACUUAUGUAAUAUGUUGUCUUUGGUGGGUCUAUGAUGACUUGCACGAGUGCAUUGCUUUUAGUGCGAAUUAAGAAACAGUAAAAAGACAAGAGAAUAGAAAAGCUGGCAGUCUCUUAGUUAAUAAAUUCUUUAAGAGGACAUACACAUUUUUCAACAUUAUAAAGCUAAAUUUUAUUUAUUAGUUUGAUAUUCUAGAGAUCGGGGACAGGCUAGGGAGAGAAUAGCAUUCAGAGACAGACAGACAGACAGACAGACAGACGUAUUACAUACUAAGUAGACAUCAUGAUAAUCUUUCAGUUUCAUGUGAGGAAAGUAGUUGAAUAAAGUAGUGUUGUUCAGCAUGUUUUCAUUGUUCUGAUUAUCGCUUUCUUUUCGCUUUCAAUUUUACUUUUCAUCUUGCCAAGAAUGUCCGCAAUGACGUAGACAUUGAAUUUAUUGAGAUGGGAUGCAGUGUCAUAGUUUUUGUGUCGUUGUAAUUCGUCUGAUUAAUAGUACAGAUACAUACAUCUCUGGUGUUAUCAUGUGUGGGACCACUGCCAAACACAGCCUGCCCAGCACGGCAUUAGUAAGUUGGUUUUAUUUAUUUAUAUUGUGUUGAUGAUCUAUGAGAUCAUUAAUGGUGCCGUCCUAAAAUAUGGCUAAUAUUUAGUCAUUCUAAUCGGCAUAAUAACUUUUGUGAAAAUUUUAUUGUACCAAAAUUUAAGAUAAUGUUUUUUCUUUGAUAUGCUUGGUUUUUUAUUGACGAAUUGUUGUAAACCAAUAAAAUGGAUUUACUGUUA